GCAGCUCUAACGCUCAGUAAAAUCAGAGCCUUACAGCUGGUUGAAGAUUGGAAAGAGGAAAGCUUGGAGGACAAAGCUCUAAACAAAGCCAUCCUGGAGAUGUUACACAUCAACAAGCUUUCGGUACCACAGCAAGCGAAGCCACAUCCUUACAUGAAGCAGGUUUACCAGCUUCUGGACAACCAGCAGAAUCAAGACCUGAGCUGGGUAGAUGGAACCCUGGUCCAGAGCUUUCGGAGCACCCAAGACUCACGGUAUGGAUUGCCCAGCUGGAUAUGGUUCAACAUUUCUCAGCUGAAACCCUCUAUGACUGUGGCAGAGCUGGUCCUCCUGAGAAAGACCCUCCAUCCAGAACCUCUCAGCAUUUCCGUUUCCGUGUACAGUAUCUCACCCAGAACAGGCAACUUGUCAAUGAGUGGCCCCCUUGUAGAGCAGCUGCUGGCCCUGGAUCAGCUCCCUCCAUCGGGCUACGACGUCUUUGACGUAUCAGCAGCCCUGACCCAUUACCAGCCCAGGCCAGAGGUGCUAGGCUUCCAGCUACAUUAUGGGGAUGAGUCCGGUAGCCUCGUGCUCCAUGAAGCCCUAACACAGAGCUUCUACUGCCUGAACACCAGUUCCAUCAGCCAACCGCUUCUGGUGGCCUACCGGGCCAAGCCAAAGGGGUUACAUCAACAGGAUCAGCGGGCCAUAGCACAGAGCUCUGAACGAAAGCAGAGGCUUUACUGUAGGUCUGGGUACAGAAAUCAACCUUACCAGAGAUCGAUGAAACAGAGCAAUGCAAACUCUACCUGUAGACUCCACAGUCAUUACGUGGAUGUUCGCAAGAGUGGACUGGGCCAAUGGAUUCUACAGCCCUCUGUGUUCAGCAUCAGUUACUGCAGUUCGAUCUGCACCGCACAGAAGUUAUCCACCCUCACUGUGAUGUAUCGACACGGCACAAAUGACUUCAUACAGAAGCUUAAAGAUUUCAGAGCGGAGAGCUGCGUAUGUCAAGCAGGGAAAGAGCGGAAGAAGCAGCAAAAACAUAAUUAG